GGUCGAGGCAGUUUUCAGUGAAACAGGAGAUAUUUCCCAACACCAGACUGUCUGGGUUCAGACAUGAUGGCUGCUUUCUUCAUCUUGCAAACUCUGUUUGUCAUGACGAGCGUCCUCACAACGAUACGUGGUGCGGAUGUGUGUUAUGGUGACCUCGGCUGUUUCACCACGGACUACCCCUGGUCAGGCAGUCUGCAGAGACCGAUAGCAUCGCUCCCUCGGGCGCCGGAGGAACUGCAGAUUAAGUUCAUCCUGCGGACUCGUGGCGGCCCGGCUGACGGGCAGAUCGUGCGGCCCGGGGACAGGACGUCGCUUCUAGCCUCCAACUUCGACGGAAGCCGGCCCACCAAGUUCAUCAGCCACGGCUUCAUCGAGAACGGCUUCGUCAGCUGGAUCACGGACAUGUCGCAGGCGUUCCUCCGGGCGGAAGACUGUAACGUGUUCGGUGUGGACUGGGGCAGUGGCGGGGGGUCCAUGCUGCCGUACACACAGGCCACUGCCAACACUCAGCUGGUCGGGGCAACCAUCGCGCAGUUCAUCAACCUGCUCAUGCAAGAGACUGGAGCUUCUCUCAACUCCUUCCACCUGGUUGGUCACAGCCUUGGGUCACAUAUUAUGGGAUAUGCUGGAGAGAGACUUCCUGGUGUUGGCAGAAUUACGGGACUGGACCCAGCCGAGCCGUACUUCCAAGGCACAGAUCCCAUCGUCCGUCUGGACCCGACUGACGCUCAGCUUGUUGACGUCAUCCAUAGUGACGGAGGGUUCUUCUUCACAUCCUUGGGUCUCGGGAUGUAUGACCCCGUCGGCCAUCUUGAUUUUUACCCUAACGGUGGGAUCGAAAUGCCCGGAUGUGACCAGGGUCUCUUUGAUUUCAUUGCUCUCAACGGUGGGAUUUACGAAGGGGGCCGAGAGUUUGUCGCCUGUAACCACUUGAAGGCGAUCGAGUACUUUGACGAUUCCAUCGGUACCACGUGCCCUAUGAUGGGGUAUCCAUGCCGGGAUAACGACAGGUUCCAAGAUGGCCACUGUAUGGACUGUGGCAGCCAGGGGUGUGCCCAGAUGGGUUACCAUGCCGACCGGUACGCCCCACCUGCAGGGGUCACUAACCUCAAGUACUACCUCAACACGGCUGAACGGUCACCGCACUGUGUGUACCACUACCAGAUCAAGUUGACCCUGGGAACGAGCUCCUCUGCAGACGACAUGGACGGAACGCCGGAAAUCUCCAUCAUCACAGAGAGCGGCUCGAACACAGGGUACCACAGCAUGACUAGUGGUUCCAUCAGGCUCCAGGCAGGAAACACCUACCAGUACCUCCUGACCAGCCCCAGCGACUUCGGGACCAUCCGUGAGGUCCGGUUCAGGUGGGAUUACAACUGGUCCCUCCUCAACCCCGGCUCAUGGCCCGUGUGGUUCACCCCCAAGAUCUGGGUGGACAAGGUGCAGGUCGUGUCGGGAGAAUCGCAGCAGAGGAGGACCUUCUGUGGGUUCAACUCGGAACUGACUGAAAACGUUGUUAUGGGCCUGCCGUCCUGCUAGAGUCAACACCAUAACAACACCACGUGACCCGGGGUCAACAAGACCAGGGUUCUGUCUGCUACAGGAACGAUAAGCUACUGCCUGCUUCCAGUAAAGUCUAUAUAUCCUGCAACCAGUCGCUCCGAACAAAUUAAACGAAAAAUAAAUAGA